AUGAAGAAGACCACCCACUUCAUCAAGAACCACUUCCUCGUCUCGCUCGUCCUCUCCAGCUUCGCCUACUUGGAGCUCGUCACCCUCAGCACAGCCAGCCAGCACAGCAAGACCCCGACUAUCAUCAUCAACCUGCUCGCCAUCCUCUCCCUCUGGUCCUACCUCAGGAUCCUCCUCACCCCGCCAGGCUACCCACCACCCACCCACCACAACAUCCUCACCCCAAACAGCCCCCCACCCCAGCCACCGCCCGGCGAGAGCCAGCAGAACGCAGACAGCACCCCCUCAGAAGCCCCCAGCCCAACCCUCUUCGUCCACCAGGCUGCCACCCACCAAACCAGCUCGGACACCGACCAUACCAAGACCAACAACCUGCCCUCAUCACCAUCAGCAUCAUCAGCAUCAUCAUCAUCAUCCCAGCCGCCACGGCCAGCGAGCCCGGAGGGACGCCCAGAAGAACCAUCCAAACCAUCCCCAGUCUUCAUACCACCCUCUGCACACCCCAGGGAUAGCCUCGCUUCGCCCAGCCAAGACCAAGCCCAAAAGGAGCCCACCCCAUCCAGCUCCACCAGACCGUUCCUCGCCCGUCUUCUCCGAACACGGAAAUCAUCAAUCAGCAGAGCAAUCCACACCCUCGAAACUAACCCGGCCUUCAUCCAGUUCUGCACCAACCAGUUCACCAUCUACCUCGAUGAUCAAUAUCCCCCUGCAAACACGACCGAUCCCAAGUUCUGUAAACGAUGCAGGUCCUUCAAGCCCCCUCGAUCCCAUCAUUGCAGACGCUGUAACGCUUGCGUGCUCAAGAUGGACCACCACUGUCCAUGGGUAGGCAGAUGUGUGGGGGCCUACAAUUACAAAUUCUUUUUGAAUUUCCUGCAAUGGUCGUCCAUGUACUGUGUCACGGUCUUUAUAGUCAUGACAGUCAAGCUAGUCGAAGAUAGACAGAGUACGAAUGGAACGAAGAGUGAUCUAUUCGGAACGCGCGAGCUGCGAGGCUUGGAGGAAGAGGGCCAAGCUGUGGGAGGGAUGGCAACGUUGGCGGAAAGUACAGCACGGGAGGUGCUUUCAGCAGCGAUAAUCGCGGGGGUGUUCGUGCUUUUCAUCAGCUCGCUGCUGGUCACCCAUCUGCAUCUGCUCAUCCACGGCCUCACCACCCUCGAGCACAUGGCCGACCGCAAGUUCAAGGCCGAGCUCCUCCGACAGAUCCUCCAUGCCUUCCCCGAUGUCCACCAUCACCAGAAUUCUUCGUCCGUUAACUAUCGCUCCCGGAUAUCCGCCUUCUUCUUCCGCAGAAAACUUCGCAGAAUCAUCCACACCCGCUUCACCCUCCACCGCAAAUCCUUCCUCCUCAACCAUCUCUAUCCCCGGCCCCAGCCCAGCCCCUCUUCACCCUCGCCUAUCCAUACCCUCCCACCCUCCAGUCAUACAUCCCUUCUAGAUCGCGAUUGGCGCAGGUUCUAUACCGCCAAUUGGCAGAGUGUCAUGGGUCGGCAACCGCUUCGGUGGAUCCUGCCGAUCAGACCCAGCCGCAUCCACCGUUACUCUCUCGACCCUGGCCUGCCUGCCCCGGAAGAUUAA